GGUUAUUCCUACUUGAUUUGAACGCAUCCUCCGCUCUCAAGCAACAAUGGCUACGAUCUGUCAAACAUGGAGACCGGACCGAGGACGCUGCUUCAAAACCUGCGGGAUAAUGACUCUGUUGUUCAUGGACCUGGUUCUACAGUGUGUGAACGGAUACCUGAGCUCUCCUCAUGUUGGCCAGGAGCCCCCUUACAGCAGAGAUGCCCAGCAUGGUCCUGUCAUCACCAGCCCAGUGGUCCCUGCUGCAUCUUCAGUGUCUCCUUCUGAUAAGGAGAACUACACCUCCAAGUGUCCCAGUGGGGGUUUGUGUAGUCGCCUGGCAGCUGAUUGCAUUCAAUGCAAUUACCAAUAUAACUGCACCUACGGGAAAACGGCUUCCUUCACUUGUAAACCCAAGAAAGGGGUUCACUGUAUAGGAGAGUCAGGACAGCAGCAAACCAACUUCUCCCUCUCCAUCAUCUGUCAGUUCUGCUGGCAGCUGGAUCCGUCCCAGUAUGACUGCUCAAACUUCAUCAACUGUAUGACAGUGUCCUGCCCACGCAAGCGCUACAACGCCACGUGUAACGUGUUAGACCAUGUACAUUGUUUAGGUAAAAGACGUUUCCUGAAACGUUUGUUUUGUGACUGGACUGGAGGAUAUAAAUGGUCAACAGCCUUAGCACUCAGCAUCACACUUGGUGGUUUUGGGGCAGACCGAUUUUAUCUGGGCCAGUGGAGAGAGGGUCUAGGCAAACUGUUCAGCUUCGGAGGCCUGGGUAUUUGGACUUUGAUCGAUGUUCUUCUGAUUGGAGUUGGUUAUGUAGGACCCGCUGACGGUUCUCUCUACAUCUGAAGCAAAGCCCUGGAGACGUGGUUGAAUGGUUGAUGCUUCCUCUUCAAUCUCAAAAAGAUUGAAGAUCUGAGAUGCUGUGUCCUUAGCACGUUUCUCCUGCCCGAGCUUGCUGUGCAACACAUCAUCCCAUCUGCUAACAGGCAGGAAGUGUUUUCCUCAUCACACCAUUGAUGACUCUACCCACACAACCAUCAGAUCAAUCCCAAUCAUUCUGCGUCUGUCUCCUGGUGAGAUUUCUGCUUCUCUGGUUGGUUUGACUCAACUGGUGGUUAGGCUCUGUUAUGCUGAUACAUAGAUAGGUUCGGUUUCCUGUGGAGCCCUGCUUUCAUAGACAUCCUGUCACAUUGGAGCCGUGUGUUGUUCCUGCCUUGUUGCAAGGUGAAAGCAUCACUAGGGGGGUGGGGCAGUCAAAUGGUAACACAGAGCGUUUUAUGGUGACACCAGACACAAUUGAUAGCGCAAGUGUAAUAUUGAUGUCCUGAAAGAGAGCAUGAAUAUGCAGAAGGGAAUAUGUUCAGUGUUUUUAUUGAAAGGAGAUACAGUAGUUGCUCCUCUGGAGGAUUUUUAUGGUUAAUUUGCAUGUUCAAUGUUGAUCAUACACAGAGUCCACAGUGCAGGUCACAACUGUAAGAAUGUCCCCCCCGACCUGCUGCAACACUUAGUCUGAUUUUUAGAAAAUGCAGAGACAAAAAUCUCAAACAGAACCUGUUUGCACAAUACACAACAAAUAUUGACACACCUUGGAUGUGUUUCACUUGCAAACUGCAGUUUCUUGUGUUGCAGACGUUGGAGAUAUAUCCUGUGUAUUCAACCAGUAUUUUUCCCUCAAACACAUCAUCUCAUUCUUCACAUUGUUUAGAAAAGUAUUCUGUGUACUAACACUGUAAGAUCUGAGUUUGAGACUCUGUGGCACCCCUCACUUCAUGUAAAUAUGUUUUCAGUUUCAGGUCAUUUUAAUUUGUUGGGACACUGUAAAUGACAUUUUUUAAGUCAUGUAAAUAAAACUGUGUGCAAUUUUGAAAGCUUUUGAAAGCUUCCUUAGUUUCACUGAAAUAAAACCCUAUGUCUGA